CUCGAUUCAGAUCGAAUCCGUUACAAUGGCUCUGGAAUGGGUUGUUUUGAGCUACGCGGCGGCAGCCGAAUCCAUCAUGGUCAUCCUUCUGACAAUGCCGGGACUCGACGGACUCCGCAAAGGAUUGAUCGCCGUCACGCGUAACCUCCUGAAACCGUUUCUAUCAAUUGUCCCAUUCUCUCUCUUCCUGUUGAUGGACAUCUACUGGAAGUACGAGACGAUGCCUUCGUGCGAAGACGCAGAUUCCUGCACGCCGUCGGAGCACCUCCGUCACCAGAAAUCGAUGAUGAAAUCCCAGCGAAACGCGCUUCUCAUCGCGGCGGCACUCGUGUUCUAUUGGAUCUUAUUCUCUGUUACUAAUCUGGUGGUUAAGAUCGAGCAGAUUAACCAGCGGAUCGAGAGGAUUAAGAAGAAGGAUUGAUCGUAAUCGUAAUCGUACUUUUGAGUUUCUUUCACUGUUUAAUCUGUUUCAACGCUUGUGAUUGAAUUUUGAUUGGUCAUAACCAUUCAGGACAUGCAUUGAUGACAUAGGAAUGAUUCAUUGAAAGUCAGGAUUGGUUGAUCUUAUGGCAUACAGCCACACAUUGACAUAUCCUUUAUGCUAAAACUAUCUCUACUAAUUUAGAAUACUUGGGAUGCAUGUUUCUUAAUCAGGAUAGAGCAUUGUUCUAUUUAGCGUGUGAUUGAUAGAUGCUAGUGUCGAUCAUGGAUCCUAGUUUAACCAUUACUUAACAAUCUACUCUCAUUAUAGCAUCUCCAAUCCUAUUUUAUAAUUUAUUGUAAAAUGAAGUGAGAAAUAGUUUGAUGAACAAACAAAAAAGUGAUUACU